AUGCAUGGAGUCCAGAUGUGGAACAAAAAACGAGGGUUAGAAGAAUAUAAAGAGACCAACCAUCCAUCUACAACAUACAUACAUCUUCAUCUCAAUAACUACAUAAAAACAUCAUGGGCUGCCCUUGCGAAAAAACCGAUACUUGCGCCUGUACCACCGACAAGGGAUGCAAGUGCGAGAGCUCCUGCAAGUGUACUCACUGUGAGAAAUCCAAGGCUCACAAGGAAGGAUGUGCCUGCAAAGGCACCAAAGAAGGUUGCAACUGUGGAACUUCUUGCAAGUGCUAAAUCUAUGUCAAGUCCAUUCCGUUAG